CACAUCAACACUCACGGCUAGCUGCAGAUACAACUCGGUCGCUCACACUUUCUCCACUUUCAGCUCACUCCCGGCGUUCCCGUCGCUGUUUAAACAGCGUUUCCGCAACUUUUAGGAAGAGGAAAUUUGAACAUAAAGUAUUUUUAAUAUUGUUAUCAUUGUGUGGUAAUUUAAGAAAGAAAAAGAAGAGGGAGAGAAACCAUCAGUUCAGCCGCUCGGCUCUUUGGGAAGAUAUGAUGUGAGCACCGAAGCUGCAGGAGGACUGGAUAACCGCGCAUCCUUUAAAUGUGAUGGACCAGCAGAGGGCUCUGCAUUCAGGUUGCCUGGUCUCAGGGGUCCGUACGCCUCCCGUUCGCCGCAACAGCAAGCUGGCCAGCCUGGGACGCAUCUUCAAGCCCUGGAAGUGGAGGAAAAAGAAAAAUGAGAAGCUGAAGCCCACAGGAGCAGUGGAGAAGAAGGCAGCUGUACGGCAGAAGAGGGAUGACCUCGUCAGGAGGAACCCCGGGGAGACCGAGACAGAGUCAGAUCUUGCUUGUGGGGGUAACAGUGAGGACCUGGACACCCCGCCUCACUCUGACGGUGAGGACAGAGACGAGGAGCCGGUGGCACCGCUGGCCAACACUAAUGAAGACCUGGGCAGUGAUUUAGAAAGCUCAACAGGUGGAGCCAGAGGCUUCAGAAACUCACUAAACCUUUCGGCUUACCUUCGCUGUGUGCUUUCAGUACAAGAUGUGACUGAAGUGGCAAAGACAGCAGGUGAUCAGAGUCAGAGUGAAGAUGGAGAAGAUGAAAGCACCUCAAUCAGUGACCCCAGCGAAGAGCAGAUGCAGGGCGAAGCGGAGGGUAUCGAGGGGAAGCAGGAGGCGGCGGCGACCAAGCCUCAGAGACGAGCCAGCACCCCUCCUCCACCCAGCCUGCCUGUCAAACUGCUCACCAGACUGGGCAGCUUAGAAGGUGCUCCUCCAGUGCCAGUGAAGAAGUCCCCGGCCACCUUACCCAGGAACUUCACUCUGCCCAAAGACCCUCAUGGCUCUCUGUUGAGAGGCAGGAUCUCCACACCCACCGGGUCCCCUCACCUCGGGGCAUUGCACCCACAGCUGCCCCCCAGCUGCAUCAUUGAGGAGCUGCACCGUGCCCUGGCUACCAAACACAGACAGGACAGUUUCCAGAUGAAGGAGGCGCGCUCGUCUCCGAAACGCCGUCCGGAGGGCCGCCUGUCUCGCACGUCCAGCACAGAGAAGGACCCGGCCGGAGAGUCCGAGAGCAAGAAGGAGUCUGACGAGAACAAGGAGAACUGGCGUCUGGAUGAAUACUUGAGCGACCAGGACAGCUGGAACGAGUCUGUGAUCUCCGGGACCCUCCCACGCAGGAUGAAGAAGGAGCUGCUGGCUGUGAAGCUUCGGAACAGGCCCAGCAAGCAGGAGCUGGAGGACCGCAACAUCUUCCCCGUCCGCAGCGAUCAGGAGCGGCAAGAAAUCCGCCAACAGAUAGAGAUGAAGCUGGCCAAGAGACUGAGCCAGAGGCCGGCAGUGGAGGAGCUGGAGAGCCGGAACAUUUUGAAGCAGAGAAAUGACCAGACUGAGCAGGAGGAGAGGAGGGAGAUCAAACAGCGGCUGAACAGAAAGUUGAACCAGCGGCCGACGGUAGAUGAGUUGCGGGACAGAAAGAUCCUAAUUCGUUUUAGCGACUAUGUGGAAGUGGCCAAAGCUCAGGACUAUGACAGGAGAGCCGACAAGCCCUGGACCAGACUGUCAGCUGCUGACAAGGCAGCGAUACGGAAGGAGCUGAACGAGUUCAAAAGCAACGAGAUGGAAGUUCAUUCUUCGAGCAAGCAUCUGACAAGGUUCCACCGGCCUUAGCAAGGUUUCUUCUGUGAAGAGUUGCUUAAAUCUGGUUCCGUCAGUGAAGACCUUGCACAAAGUCUUCCAUUGGCCUGCAGCCACUGGGUGUCCUGAUAUUUGGGUCCAUUGAACCUUUGGAGGCUAUGUCUCUAGAAAUGGAUCUGCCAGCAGAAGGACGGGGGGGUGCCCCCAGCAAGCUCCACUUCUGCUCAGAAGACCAUCUCCUUAACCCUCACUUCACCUUGUCAGCGGAGCAGGAAGAGCUGAGGUUGUGCAUUCGCCAUAAUAAACAAAGCAGAGACUUCUUUUUGUUUUUGUAAACGGACUCUUUUAAAAGACGCUCUUUUUUGACACGGGGGAGGGGGGGGCACGUGCAUGUGACCGAGUCGACCAAUCCCACUCCAGUAUCAGUAGUCACAUCCCCGAGCUGUGUCGGAGUCUCGCUGAUUCAGUUGAUGAUGAUUUUCAUAUCGGCAGUGUACAUGUUCUUAAACAGAAACCUUGUCUGUGUACAAGAUGAAAAUCCCUUUGUAAGCACUAUUUAUUGUCUGCACAAUACAGGCUUUCAAAUUUGUAAAAACAAA